AUGUGGGAACUCCGGUCCAUAGCCUUCUCCAGGGCCGUGCUCGCUGAGUUCCUGGCCACGCUCCUCUUCGUCUUCUUCGGCCUCGGCUCAGCACUCAACUGGCCGGAGCCUCCGGCUUCAGAGCUGCAGGUCGCCUUGGCCUUUGGCCUGGCCAUCGGCACCAUGGUACAGACUCUGGGCCACGUCAGCGGGGCCCACAUCAACCCUGCUGUGACUGUGGCCUGCCUGGUGGGCUGUAACAUCUCCUUCCUCCGGGCUGCCUUCUAUGUGGCCGCCCAGGUGCUGGGGGGAGUGGCUGGGGCUGCUCUGCUCCAUAGGAUCACACCAGCAGAUGUCCGAGGGGACCUGGCUAUCAAUACAGUGAACAACAUCACCACAACUGGCCAGGCAGUGACCAUGGAGCUGUUCGCCACCAUGCAGCUGGUGCUCUGCAUCUUAGCUUCGACUGACGGGCGCCGGACAGACAACGUGGGCACCCCUGCCCUCUCCAUCGGGCUCUCCAUCACCCUGGGCCACAUCGUCUCGAGCCACUACACCAGCUGCUCCAUGAACCCUGCCCGCUCACUGGCUCCCGCCAUCAUCACCGGCAAGUUUGACGACCACUGGGUUUUCUGGAUCGGCCCCCUGGUCGGCGCCAUCCUAGGCUCCCUGCUCUACAACUACGUCCUGUUUCCGCCCAACAAGAGCCGGGCCGAGCUGCUGGCGGUGCUGAAGGGGCUGGAGCCGGACACCGACUGGGAGGAGCGCGAGGUGCGGCGGCGCCAGUCGGUGGAACUGCACUCGCCGCAGAGCCCGCCGCGCGGGAGCAAGGCCUGA